AUGAAGUACACAUCUGCCAUUGUCCUGGCUGCUGCCAGCCAGGCCGCUGCUGGAGCCAUUUCCCACGGCCACGUCCGCGGCAAGGUUCACAACCACGCGUUGCGCCACGCCGAGAUCAAGGCUGAUGAGCACCUCGGCAAGCGUGACAUCCUCUCCGAUGCCAGCGGUUUCAUCGCCGGCCUGGGCGCCAAACUCGGCAUCAACAGCCAGGCCCCGACCUCCAACGCGUGGCUCGGCAGCGAAGGCCCCUACACCAACGAAUUCACCAAUGACUCGGGCGAAGACCUCGUCCUCUUCUGCUGGGGCCCCGCUGGCUCCUGGGUCAACGCCGUGCAGCCACUGAUAUCGCACCCGCUGGCCGCAGGCGAGUCUGUGACUGUGUCAUACGCUGAGGGCGCAUCCGGCGGCUGCAGUGGCGUCUACCCUGACACCAAGAUGGUCAACGGCCAAAUCUUCAACACCUGGUUGGAGUACACCUUCGCCGGUAUCUACAGCACCUAUGAUGUGAGCCGCGAAGUCAACAUGAACGGCCGCGGCAUCAGCACCGUCGGCCCCUCUUGCACCACCGACAUGGAUACAUGCGUCUUCAAGUGCAGCGACGCCAACGCCUCGAGCUGCUGGUUCGGCUACGAACUCUUCAACUGCCACUCCGGCAACGGUGGCGGAUCUGGCUUCGACCCGUCCACCGGUGGCGCUAGCGGUGGUUGCAACGGCCUCAACGGCGGCAGUGGCGCGUUGAAGACGUCGCUGCAAUAG